AUGCAAAUUGCCAGCAACAUCGGCGUCUGGGUCGGACCGCAGUUCUUCAGUGCCCUUUCGAGCAAGAUUUCCUCUGUAGCUCUUCAAAGCGUCGAUCCGUCUGCUUACAAGGCUGAUCUUGAGGGGUAUUUGGCUGAAUGGGGCAGCAAUGACGGCGCCAAGUCGCUUGCAGAGACGGUCGAUGCGUAUGUCGCCAAAUGCCCGGAGUCGGCGGUCGUGGUGUCGGGGUGGAGCCAGGGCGCUCUCGUCGUGCACAAAGCCCUCGAACAGCUCUCGUCCUCAGCCCUAAAACAAGUCGCCGGCGUCGUCACCUUCGGCGACCCGAACCACCUCUGGGACAACAUCUCGCUACCGGCGAGCAUCAAGAGCUUCACCUCGCCCUGCGUGACAGGGACCAUCUUCGACCCGCUGUGCGCACAGCUGCCGCGCGAUUUCAAAAUGCCGACGUCCCUGUCAGACAUCGUGAGCCCCUUCAAGAAGCUGCCCAGCGUGGCCGUCGGCGAGCAGCAGGCAGAGGCCGCCGCGAGCUUGGUCAAGCAGUUCCCGGGACAGCUGGCGGCCAGCUGGGACGCGUUUGUGCACCGUUUGUACGGCUGCUCCUGA